UAUUGUCGGGUCACAGGAAUAUUGUAAAUGUAUUUUAGCUCUGACCGCACUACUGGUUGCUUGUUAUGUCAGUGGUCCUGCAUUUAUGGUCAUAGUUAGUUGCUUUGGAUAAAAGCAUUGACUUAAAAUCUGUUAAAUAGACAUCAUAGUCUAACUGCAGUUUCACUGCUAGCCUUUUUCAAAUUGACAUAAUCAACAGAAGAUUUUCUCUUUUUUCAGCUUUUGACUAGCACAGAUGAUGACGAAGCCUAUCUACCUGAUGAACCUAUGAUCUUAAUGACGAGCAGUUCCUGGGAAGAUGGCCACAGAAACGAUCUGAGAUCUCUGUUAGGAGGGGCAGGGUACACAAACUGUUACCCUCCACCACAGUAUGAAGGCAAAGAGUCACCAUCACAUGAGACAGAGGGUGAGAGUGAAAUGGAGGAGAGGAGUGAGGAGGUCCUGGAGAGUCCGACAGAAACCUCGCCUCCCCCUUCAGGCCCAAGUGGUCUGGUCAUCUUUGGACGACUGGUGCAAAAACACAGCUAUGUCAGCGCCCUUAUCAUCAUGAUGGUGUGGAGUAUCACCUACAACAACUGGCUGACGUUUGCCCUGCUGGUGUGGUCGUGUAUCAUCUGGAUGAUGCGGGACCGGCGCCGAUACGCCAUGAUGUCGGCCCCGUUCCUGGCCAUCUACGGCACGGUGCUGCUGGUGCUGGGCUUCCUGAGCGGGCUGCGCCUGAGCCGGGCCGAGCUGUACCCUGGCCUGCCUCCGGCUUUGAUAGCGGACUUCGACCUGAACAGUUACCACCCUGCGCCCUGCAUCCACCUGGGAGCAAAGGUUUUCUACAGCUUCAGCUUUUGGUUGGUGUUUCGUCAGCAGCUGAAGGAGAGGCAGGAGGAGCAGAGCUUGAAGGAGGAAUCUCUAGAUGAAGUCAAAGUUAUGCAACCUGAAGAAAGUCAGCCAUCACCUCUGGUAGCGAUGCUGAUCUCAGGAGUGAAAGGUACGCUGGUGAAAUACUGGAUCCUCUUCUGCUGCUCCAUGUUCUUCAUCGUCAGCUUCUCUGGAAAGGUGGUCGUCUACAAGAUCCUCUACAUUGUCCUCUUCCUCUUCUGUGUCGUCCUCUACCAGGUCCGUUAUGACGUGUGGCGUCGGAUCCUAAAGACGUUCUGGGCGGUGGUGGUCGGUUAUUCCAUGGUGGUGUUGAUAGCCAUCUACCUGUAUCAGUUCAGAAGUGUGUCUGGGCUGUUCAGACAGAUCAUGGGCAUGUCAGAGGAAGGUCUUCGGGAUCUGGGUUUGGAGCGGUAUGACACGGUGGAGUUGUUUGCUCGUAUCCUCCUUCCUGCUGCGUUCCUACUGGCUUGUAUUCUCCAGCUGCAUUACUUCAACUCAGACUUUCUGACUCUCACUGACCUGGACAACAUACCUGUCAGGCAGAACUCCAGAGAGGAAGAACUCAGAAGCUCAAUCAAUGUGAUAUCUGAGACCAUUAAAGAAAACAUUGAAAAGUUACAGAAAAGGCUUCUGAAGGAGCAGAUUGGAAAUGGGAAAAGCCAGGAGACUCUGGACAGCAUCGAACUGCAGACCUCCUCAGAGAAAGGAGCUGAGGAGCAGGAGGAGACAACAGGAGACGAAACUGCCCCCAGCAGUCAUGAGGACAAAUGGGUUGUGAUUGUGGACCGGGCCAGCCUGCUGCUCUUUCAGGCUCUAUCAGGACUCCACAGGCUCCAGGAGCUGAGCUGGAGACUGCUGGAGCUCCACAGCCUCAAAAUAGUGUCUUCCGGCAUCAUCUGGGUGUCACUGCAAGAGGUUUCUCUGAUGAACUUGCUCUUCCUGGUUCUGUGGGCAUUUGCACUCCCCUUUCCGCGGUUACGACCUAUGGCAUCCAGCAUCUCUGCCGUGUGGGCCUGCGUCAUGGUGGUGUGCAAGAUGUUUUACCAGCUCAAAGUCAUCAAACCCCUCGAUUACUCCUCCAACUGCACUGCUGGUUUGGUAGCUUCCAACAGCUCGGACUUGAAUGAUGGAGUGGAGAUAAGGGGGAACAUGAUGGAGCUGCUCAGAAGGUCUGUUCUCUAUAUCGAGCCUGUGGACCCCGUCUACUGGUGUGGAGCGUUGCUGAAGUGUGAGGGCAGGAUCCUCCCCUGUCUCAGGAACCAUCUGAUGGUACUGGGGCUGCUGGUGUUUGAGGCGACUGUCCAUCGCCACCAGCUCUACUUCCGUCUCCAUAACAACCUGAAGGCCCCGCACUUCAGCAUCAUCUUCCAGGGCAUCACUCGGCAGCACCUGGAUCAGGGCAUCCUGCCCUGCAUCAAGUACUUCAUCAACUUCUGCUUCUACAAAUUUGGGCUCGAGGUGAGUUUAAUAGUGGCGGUCAACGUGAUUGGUCAGAGGAUGGAUUUCUAUGCCCUGCUCCAUUCCUGUGCCUUAUUGGCUGUCCUGUCGCGGCGACGCAGGAAAGCUAUCGGGGAGGUGUGGCCUAAAUACUGCUGCUUCACAGCAGGGCUCAUGGUGCUGCAGUACCUGCUCUGCAUCGGCAUCCCUCCUGCUCUCUGUGUUGAUUACCCCUGGAGGACCGCUGUUCAACCUUUGACCUCUAAUGUCAUUAAGUGGUUUUACCUUCCUGACUUCGCCAUGAGACCCAAUCCAUUAUUCAUAUUCUACGACCACCUCCUGUUGCUCUGUUCGUCUCUGCAGUGGCAGGUGUUUGAGGAGGAGAACCGAGCGGCAGUGCGACUGCUGGCCGGAGACAACGUUGAGAUCAGCCGUAAUCUUGAUCCUUGCUCCUUCAACCAGUUCAUACCUGUCAACAACUUUCUUCACUGCAGGUGCUACCUCGACAUGGUGAAGGUGUUUGUGUUCAGCUAUUUCUUCUGGCUGGUACUCUGCCUCAUCUUCAUCACCGGCACAACAAGGAUCAACAUCUUCUGUCUGGGCUACCUGGUGGCCUGUUUCUAUUUCAUGUUGUUUGGAGGCAGCGUGCUGAUGCAGCCUGUCAGAUACAUACUGCGUCUGUGGGACUGGCUCAUCGGCUACACCUGCUUUGUGAUCGCCAUGAAGAACCUGCUGUCUCUCGGUUCUUGUGCCUACCUGGACAGUCUGUUGAAGAACGGCUGCUGGUUAAUUCAGGCCUUCAGCAUGUUCUGCACCAUCAAAGGCUACGACGUCCCUGAUCCUGACGAUGAGUGUGAGCUUCCGGAGGGUGAGGCCGGCAUUGUCUGGGAUGCGAUCUGUUUCACUGUCCUCUUGGCACAAAGAAGGGUCUUCCUCAGUUAUUACUUCCUCUAUGUGGUGUCUGACCUCAAGUCCUCUAAGAUAUUGGCCUCCAGGGGCGCUGAGCUGUUUGAGGCGAAGGUGAAGAAGCAGGUUGCAGCCAGACUGGAAAUGGAGAAGAAAUCUGUGGAGACACUGAAGAAACAGAUGGAGAAGAUCAAAUCUAAACAGAAGGGUCGGCCGGCACCAGCAGACAAACCAGGACUUCCUGCUGAUCAGGAGCGGGUGACACCAGGUGAUGAGGAGAAGGCAAAGAGGGAUGCAGGAAAAUGGUGGAAGCCUUGGGUUUCACGACCUGGAGUGGAAAACAACUGUGGCUACCACCUGUUUGAGAGUGACAGUGAGGAGGAGGAAGAGGAGGUUACAGAGAAGAAAGAGGAGGAUGAACCACCAAAGAAGAAAUCUGCUUUCCAGUUGGCCUACAACGCCUGGAGCACCAGUUCUAAGACGGCUCUGAAGGACCUGAAAAAGGAGAAGAAGACAAUACAGAAAGAGGAGAAGAAGAGAGCAAAGAGAGAGCUGCAGAAACAACAGGGUAUUGAUCGAACAGACUCUAGUGAGGAUGAACUGGAUGAAACCACCGUGGAGGAGGAGGGAGAGGAGGAAAAAGAAAACAUUCUGCAGCGACUCGUUAGCACUUUGAAAUUCAGCUGGGUCUUCCUUCAGUCCCUCCUUGACGACCUGACACAGGGCCUGAACUCAUUUUGUAAAGAUAACGUGGCCAUUUCCAAGGUGCUGUGCUUCGAGCGAACAUUACUCAGCCAGCAGCAGAAGAAGGGCAAAGAGGUGAGCCAGGAGAGCGUGAAGCAGUUUUAUGAAAACUGGAUGUCCCGUCAGAACACACUGUCAUCUCAGGACGGCCUAGAUGACACCCUGCCUCCUCCCUCCUCGCCGCCCGCCGCCCCCUCCUCACACCACGCCUACGCCAAGCUGAAGAACCAAGCCUCCAAAGUGUCCUGGGCCAGCAGCGUUUCCAGCUGUAUGACAGAUGAGACGAUGCUGGGCUCCCGGCAGCCGACCCAGGAGGAGCUGGAUGAACCUCCCACUGUGACGCCCACUGCUGACCAGUACAGACGGAGGCUCCUGAAAACUGCCAACAUCGACUUCACCUCCUUUGAGACUGAUGAAGUCUUAGCAAGCUGUGAGGAAGACACCCCUCAAGAGGAAGACCCAGAAAAAGAGAAAGAUGAGGACGAGGACAACGACAGGGAAAAGAGACGUGAGCAAGAACAAGAGGAGGCAGAAGAGAAGGAGGAACAAGAAGAGGACGAUUGUGAGGAGGAGAGGGAAGAGUGGGACAAGGAAACACAGCAGAGAGAAGAAUAUGAAGGCCCUGAUUACCCAGAAUGCACCUCUUUGGGUUUCAGGGAGGGUGAUGGAGAGAAAAGUGUCGAUCUCACAGAAUCCCCCAGACCUCUGAGUCAGGAGACGAGGAACCUCACUGCCAGCGAACUGCUGCUCAACAAUAUGUUUGAAAACGACGAGAUCGCAGAGUCUGAUAAGUUUUUCCUGUCGUUGCCGAGGCCACUGAAGCUGCUGCUCGCCCUCUACAACACCAUGGUGUCCAAGUCAGAGAUGCUGUGCUACUUCGUCAUCAUCCUCAACCACAUCGUGUCGGCGUCGUUCCUCUCGCUCAUCCUGCCGAUUCUCAUUUUCCUCUGGGCCAUGCUGUCUGUGCCCCGGCCGACCAAACGCUUCUGGAUGACCGCCAUUAUCUACACAGAGCUGACUGUUGUGGUGAAGUACUUUUUCCAGUUCGGUUUCUUCCCCUGGACGUCCUCUGCCUACCGAGGCAUCAAUGCCGAGCGGCCCUUCGCUCUGCCCAACAUCAUCGGAGUGGAGAAGAAAGACGGCUACGUUCUCUUUGACCUCAUUCAGCUGCUCGCUCUGUUCUUCCACCGGUCUAUUCUCAAGUGUCACGGGCUGUGGGACAACAAAGAAGUUGAGAUGCCUGAUUUCUUCAAGAAGAUGAAGAAGAAGGUGGACAAGAGGAAGAUGACAGGAGGAGAUAAAAUUGGCAGUAAGGGAAGAGCUCCGAGCCGGCUGAGGUUCCUCCCUCUGCAGGCCUCCACCACCUCCAUGUUCUGUAGAAGAAAGAGAGGAGACUCUGCAGAGUCUGAUGAGGUGAAGCCCAAGAAGCAGAGCAGCAAGAGGAAGAGACGGCACCAACACAAAGCUCCACUGACCAGGAAGCAGAGGAUCAGACAGCAGAUCAGAGAGAGGAUGCUACAGGCCAAAGCUGCCAUUAUAGAAGUCGCCCUUCAUAUCUACUUACCCAUAAGACAGUUUUUCUAUGACAUCAUCCACCCAGAGUACAGUCCUGUGUGUGACGUCUACGCUCUCAUGUUUCUCAUUGACGUAGUCAACUUCAUUGUCACCAUAUAUGGAUACUGGGCCUUUGGGAAAUACUCCGCAGCAGCCGACAUCACAGAGUCCCUGUCGGAGGACCAGGUCCCUGAAGCCUUCCUGGUCAUGCUGCUCAUCCAGUUCGGUACCAUGAUAGUGGACCGGGCCCUCUACCUGAAGAAGUCCUUGCUGGGAAAGUGUGUUUUCCAAGUGGUCCUGGUGUUCGGCAUACACUUUUGGAUGUUCUUCAUCCUCCCCGGGGUCACUGAGAGGAGGUUCAACCGGAACCCGAUUGCUCAGCUCUGGUACUUCGUUAAGUGUAUCUACUUCGGCCUGUCUGCCUACCAGAUCAAAUGUGGCUACCCAAACCGCAUUCUGGGAAACUUCCUCACCAAGAAUUACAACUACCUAAACCUCUUCCUCUUCCAAGGGUUUCGAUUGGUUCCCUUCCUGACGGAGUUGAGGGCGGUGAUGGACUGGGUUUGGACAGACACCACUCUGUCUCUGUCCAGUUGGAUUUGUGUUGAAGACAUCUAUGCUAACAUAUUUAUCCUCAAGUGCUGGAGGGAGUCUGAGAAAAAAUACCCCCACCAUCCAGGGCAGAAGAAGAAGAAGGUGGUGAAAUAUGGGAUGGGAGGAUUAAUCAUCUUUGCUCUCAUCAGCAUCAUCUGGUUCCCGCUCCUCUUCAUGUCGCUCGUCCAAUCAGCAGCCGGAGUCACUAACCAGCCAGUGGACGUCUCCAUCCAGCUGAGCAUCGCAGGAUAUGAGCCUCUGUUCUCCAUGAGCGCCCAGGAGCAGAACUUGGUUUCGUUCUCAGAAGCUGGAUUUAACCGACUCACCAAGGUCUAUGCAACCCAUCCAUCUGCUAUGCAGUUCAUAAUGAACUACAUGGCCGAAGACAUUGUUGUUGCUAAGAUAAAGAGUGAUGCCAGCCUGCUGUGGAGCAUCAGCCCGGCCAGUCGAGAGGCCAUGAUACAGGAGCUCAGCAACUCCACUCACAUAUACAUAACCUUACGCUGGACACUGCUCAGGAAUGCGUCCAUAUCAAUGCAUGCAGAGACGGCUGGAGAACACACUGUGAAGUUUGAGGACAAGGCCUUGAUGGAAGGGAUAGUCCACAUGCUCAAAGGCAACAGCAGUAAACCUGCGAUCAUUAAUUCUCUGCUGCCAAAGUACAUCAGGGGUAACAGAGGACCAGAGUCCAAAAUGGCAACCAGGAUGGAAGUAGAGCACUCGGACCGCCCAGACCUCCUGGCGCUGUCUUUCUUCAGGCCCAUGUCGAUCAAACUCGAGCAGGCCGACGGGACUUCGGAGAGAGAGGCAGAACAGUGGUGGGUGGUGGAGGAGUGCUCCCCAGUCCUCGUCUCGUCCGACCACAAGUGUCACAGCAUAGAGAUAGUGGUGUUCAGUGAUAAAGUCAGCCCCUCCAGUGUGGGCUUCCUGGCUGGACACGGCAUCGUAGGCCUGUACAUGUCAGUGGUGCUGGUCAUCGGAAAGUUCGUCAGGGAAUUCUUCAACGGGAUCUCCAGGUCCAUCAUGUUCGAGGAGCUGCCCUGUGUAGACCGGGUCCUGAAGCUCUGCACAGACAUUUUCGUGGUGCGGGAGACAGGAGAGAUGGAACUGGAGGAGACGCUGUUUGAGAAACUCAUCUUCCUGUACAGAUCGCCGGAGACCAUGAUCAAGAUGACCAGAGAGAAGAAAGACAGCUGAGGGUUUUCCCAGGUGCAUCGUCUGAAUGGUCAACUGUUAGAGGGACGUGGAGGGUGAAACGGCACCUGUGGACGUGGCCACGCUGGACUCCCAUCAAUCAAAAGAUGUUUUUGAGCAAAUAAAACUUGGUGCAGUAGAAUUAAUCAUUUCAUUUACAUUUUGAGUGCAGUUAAAGCACAAUUUGUGUCAAAACUUGUGAUUAAAGAAUGAUCCAGUUGUAGUCAAGAUUUUCAACCCCUUUCUGACCCUGCUACUGACCUUGACCUCUGACCUCCAUGCACAGGACAAGGGAAUUUUUCUAAAUCAUUGCUUACUUAAAAGUGCAUAUACUAAUGGUUUUCAUACAAGUACUUACUUAACAUUAAUUUAAAGCUCAUUAAUGUGGGACUCACAUGUCUGAAAUUUAUGUUUGUUUAUUUACUGACACUUGUGUUCAAUUCUCUAACAAACAGAAUGUCAAACAAAAAUUUAAAAAGGUAUUUCACACAGAUUAACCUGGACUGGAGUUAAGAGAAUUAAGUGCCUGCCAGAUGUGAUUCACUUCAGCUACACACUGGACAAUGCAUGAGUUUCUAAUCAUGACUUCGGACUCUGAUUUUCACUGGUGUGAAGCAAAAACAAAAUCCUAUUUUCCUGACUUAUGUUCGUGCAGGAUCACUUAAAUUUUGACAAACUCUUGAUAUGCUCAUGGAUCAGCACACAAAUACCUCUGUAAAUACCAUGUUUCUGAAUACGCCUAUGUAGACUAGUGCACUGAUUAAUUUAUAUCAAAAUAAAAAUUGUUACACACAACAACAUGUUUGAGUGUCUGAUUCAGCAGCGCUGUAAAAAACUAUAUUCAGCAACGAGGCAAGAAAACAAACUGUAUUUCCAACAUCCACUUUUAAUAUCACUUUAAUUACAAAUAAUAGGGAAAAAACAGCAAUUUCAUUCAGGUCCCCGGUCUCAAACAGAUAAUCCUGAUGUCAUCCAUCUUUUCUUUUUUAAAAAUUAUCCACGGUGCGCAGGACAGAACAGUCACAGGACCUCACAACACCA